AGCUCCUGCCCGGGAACUGCAGGAGCAGAGAGAGCCAGACCCCAGCAAGAAUGAGGUCACUGGGGACAAGGGUCAGAGGGCAAAGUCUGGGUUCCACUUGUGGUUCACAGAACCAGGAAACCUGUUGCUAGGUAACCAGGUCUCCCAGCACCCUCCCCACACAGCAUCCUGAGCCACGGAUCGUCAGCCUCCAACCGUCUUCCCCAAGUCUGUCAGACACCUGCCUUCUGUGGGACCCCGAGAAGGAGGAGGAGGAGACAAGCAAGAGCCCAGCCACCAUCCCGUUUCACUGUGAAGAUCCGGCUGCGGGCCGUCAGGUCACUGCCGUCAUGAGCCUGGGCAUCAUGGAGGAGGAGGAUCUGGCUGAGUACUUCCGGCUGCAGUAUGGGGAGCGGCUGCUACAGCUGCUGCAGAAGUUCCCCAGCAUCGAGGACCAGUCAGACUCCCCAUCCAUCCGGCUGCUGGAGAAGAAGAAGGAGGCCAAGAUCCUGCACCAUGCUAUGGAGCAGAAGAAGGAGACAUUUCAGCGCAGAAUGGAAACGCUGAACCUGCGCUGGGAGGAACUGGGCAUCAGGGAAGCCCAGCUGAAAGCCCACAUCCAGAAGUUCGAGCAGUUCAUCCAGGAGAACGACCAGAAACGGAUUCGGGCCCUGAAGAAGGCCAACAAGGAGCGAGAACUCAAGAGGCAGUGCGUGCGUGAGCUGGCCGAGGCCAAGCAGGAGAUAGCGGCCCUGCGGCUGGAGCACCAGCGGAUGAGCGCCAAGCUGCAGGAAUACGCCAUCUUCAACAAGUACCUGGAGAAGGUGGUGGAGAACUCGGAGUUCGAAGAGAUCCACGAGGUGAUCGCGCGCUACAAGACGCUGGUGAGCAUGCACCACGACCUCAUGCAGUCGGCGCAGGAGGGCCAGGAGAAGAUCGAGCGCGCCAAGGCGCGGCUGGCGCGCUACAAGGAGGAGAAGGACGACGAGAUCCUGCAGCACAACAACGAGCUGGCGCGCCUGCAGAUGCGCUUCGACCGCGCGCGCAGCGACGUCAUCAUCUGGGAAUCUCGCUGGGCACACAUCCAGAACACGGCCGCCAAGAAGACCCUCUUGCUUGGCACCAUUAAGAUGGCAACGCUGAACCUCUUCCAGAUCGUGAGCAAGCAGCUGAAGGAGGCGACCUUCGUGUCCCUGGACGACACGCACAAACAGCUGGACAUGAUCCAGCAGUUUAUCCAGGACCUGUCAGACAUCUGGGCAGAAGUGAAGAAGAAGGAGCAACAGCAAGUUCGGGUUUAAGGAGCAGCCAUGGUUCUGGAAUGUUCUGAGACAGAGACUGGGAGAGAGUAAGUUCCUGGUGACCUUGCCGUCCAGUCAGCCCCGCCCAGCUCUCUGGGACCCUUGGGCUUUUCUGCUGGAGAAAUCCCUGUCUGUUUCCUCUGCCCAGCCCAGCCCUGAAAACAUUAAAUUCUGUAAGAAGUUUGUUCCU